AGACAUAUGAUAUAAAUGUGGUCGGUUGAUAAGAACGUAGAAGCGUGCCACCAGAGCAAUCACAUUUUCGAUUCAUCAUCGUUGCGAAUAAACUAUCUGAUAAAGGUGCGAUACUUAUUCGGGAUCAGUUCGCUGCUGACCAAGCACCCGAAUAGAUCGUUUUUAGCCAGUGCAGGGACGGGACACGCGCUACCCAAAAAGAUCAUGUCGGCCGCAAGUCAAGUUAUUAUUCCAGACUAUUUGAAUGAGGAUCUAAUCAAGAAAUCACUCGUCAGCGAGUACCGAAAUGGUAACCUGGUGGUAGAAAAAUUUGAAAUUUCCCCGGCAACCUCGAGUGGGGAUAAUUAUAUGAGUGAUGUAUUUCGUAUUCAUAUAAAAUUCCGAACGUUACCAAAUGCAUCAAAGUUGGAGCAAUUGUCUUUGGUGGUAAAAUGCUUGCCAGAUGCUGGACAACGUGGGCCAGUGAUUGAGGAGUUGAUUGUGUAUGAGAAGGAGGCGGAAAUGUUCCUUAACGUUAUUCCACAAUUAUCUAAAAUUGCUAACAAUGAAUUCUUCGCUGCCAAAUGCUUCUACGCAACGCGUGUCCCAGAGCGCAUGCUAGUUUUUCACGACCUGAAAUCAUUAAAUUAUACUAUGGCAAAUCGUCACGCUGGACUGGAUUUUGAUCACUGUGCCCUGAUAAUGAAGAAAAUAGGCAAAUUCCACGCUGCAUCGAUGACAUACGCCGAGAGCAACAUGGAUUUGAUGAACAAAUACUUCCACUUCAAUAUGUUUAACCCAGCGGUUGAACAGAAAACUGAUUGUAUAAAUGUGAUCUUUGAGAAGGGGUUGGAAACACUGAUCGAUGUCGCCGAAAAUAGCUGGGAUGAUUUUGACCCGACCAUUGUGGCAAAGUUGAAGAAACUGUUGCCGGUCUACGUUACGAAGUUGGAAGCUUGCCUGACGCAGAAGUUCACCGAUGGCUUCAAGGUGCUAAACCACGGCGACUUGUGGUGUAAUAACAUGCUGUUCAAGUACAGCCCACGAACGGGAAAAGUGGACGAUGUCGUUUUUGUCGACUAUCAAAUUUGCUACUAUUCGAGUCCAGGUCUUGAUAUUAACUAUGCCAUAGCAAACUGUCCGAAUUUGGAAACGCGCGAUCGAACCGAAGAGUUAGUUGGAAUUUACUAUCAAUCUCUAAGCGAGACGCUGAAGGCGAUAGGAUAUCCGCGAAUUCCGACUAUGGCCGAUGUGCAGCUUGAGAUUGAGAGAAUGGAAUUUUUUGCUUUAGUUUCGAUCGUUUCUAUUCUUCCAAUUGUUACGAUGGAAAAGACAGAUUCUUUCGAUCCAUCUUUUGAGACACUGAUGGAUGGAGAGGAAGGAGAUAAAUCGAGAAGAAUUCAGUAUAGUGGAAAAUUGUAUCAGUCUAUUGUGAAACCGAUGUUGAGACGAUUCGACGAAAAAAAGUUGCUGGAUGUCUAAAAACAAUAAUGUUACGUUAUUUAGUAAGGCUUUAAUCCUUUGGCCAUGCGCCUGUAGUAAAAAAAAACAUAUUUCUCAUUCAUUUGAAGUAACUAAGCUGUUAUCUUCGUCUUCGACAUUGAGUAUGUUUAAAAUAGUUCUAAAUCCACAUAAUUGUUUCAUGUGUUUAGGGAAUCCCAUCAGCAGAUCUCAACCUUUUGUACGACGGACCCCCAGAAAUCAACUUAGAUUUUGUACCCAUCCGGAAAGAAUAAUCUUCUUCGCGGACCCCAGGUUGAGAAUCGCUGGUAGAGCAAGCAGCAAAUGUGCGCAUAACAUCAGUAAAAGAAUAACUGUACAAACUCAGACCACGGUAGUAGCAUCAUGCGCUUCAGAUUUACUUGUAAUAAACUAAUAAACAAAAAAACAGUUGAAUUUUCAGUACUUACUAACGUUUAACAGUUAUUAUACUCAAAUAAAAUAAUCAUUGUCACAAA